AUGCGUUACGAACCCUAUAGAAUGGCCAAAAACGAAGAAUUUUUCGUUGUUGUGUAUCGUCGUUUAAUUGCAGCCGUUGAUUGGGUAGAGGCUUUGGCUGAUAGAGUUGGAGGGUUGUCUAUUGAAGAUAGAAUUUCUCUUGUUAAAUCUUGUUUUGGACCUUUAACUUUAUUCAAAUGUUCGGCCCGUACAGCAGUUGUUACACAAAAUGAAGAUAUGCUUUGCCUAUGCAAUUUUGCUUAUGUCCCUAGAAAUAUUAGCAAAGCUUAUAAUGAUGCUUAG